AUGCCGGCCAACGCGAGCGGCAGCCCGGGCGACGAUGCGCUCGUCUGGAUCGACUGCGAGAUGACGGGCCUCGACCCCGACACGGACGAAAUCAUGGAAAUAUACUGCAUCGUCACGACAGGCAACCUCGAAGUCGUCGACGCCGAGGGCUUCCACGCCGUCGUUCACUGGCCGCAGUGGCGCCUCGACCGCAUGGACGCGUGGUGCACCUCGACGCACGCGCGCUCCGGGCUGACGGCGGCGGUGCUGGCCUCGACGACGACGCCGGCGCAGGCGGCCGACGGGCUCUACCGCUACGUGACGGGCCUGGUGCCGGAGCCGCGAAGGGCGCUGCUGGCCGGCAACAGCGUGCACGCCGACCGCGCGUUCCUGCGCCGCGGGCCGUACGCCGCCGUCGUCGACCACCUGCACUACCGCCUGCUCGACGUCAGCGCCAUCAAGGAGGCGGCGCGGCGGUGGAGCCCGCCGGGCCUGCUGGACGCUGCUCCGCGCAAGAGGGGCAGCCACGUGGCGAGGGACGACAUUCUCGAGAGCAUCGCCGAGGCCAGGUUCUACCGCGACGCCAUCUUUCGUCCCUCGUCUGGGUCCCGAGAGGCUCCGGGUAAGGGGAUGUCGGCGUCAUGA